AUGUGGCGCACCCGCCUCUCUCGCACAUGGGACUGGCUGCGUUCGCGCAAGCUCGUCGGCGAGGACGAACACCAUUUCUUUUACACUGAGUUCAUCGCCUCUGACAAGCCCGAGCGGCGCUAUGUCGAGUACAAAGACCAGAACAUCACGCACUCCUCCGACCGCAUGGCCAUCGAAUGGUGGAGCUGGCUGCACAACCGGCGCGAUGAAACCCCAACUUGCGAGGAGCUGGCCAUGUCGGAAGCGAACCAGCAACGCCUCGCGCAGAAGGUCGCCAUCCUUGAAGCAGAGGACGAGAAGCAGAGGCUCAGGCAGUUUGCGGGCGGCCAGCCGUUGCAAGCGGCUGAGGAGGAGGCCAGGGCGAGGCGCAGGAAGGAGGCCAUGAUGAGGCUGACCAAUGCCGCUUCCCCGUCGGAUGCGGCGGUGGCGUCGGGAAUGUCGCAAGGGGGGGCGGCUGUGAAAGCCAGUGGCGAGGGAGGGGCGAUGAAUCCCGAAGAGAACCCAACGGGCUCGGGAGAGGACUUUCAGCCGGGCUCAUGGCAGCCCGCUGCGACGAAAAGAAGAGGGAGCUAGUAUGGAAUUAAAGGCUAUACUGCACUAGGCGGAGCGGCGCGAUGCGUGGUUGGUCAUAGACACGGAUGUCUCCUUCUACCGGUCGCGCCUUGUGCCGAAAACUACACUGACAUGUGCACCCUAUCGCGAAAUACCUGGCGCACCGCACGUCACACCCCAACAUCUCGCAGUCAGCCACGCUUUCCACGUUGUUUAAACAGGCUCAUCCUCGUUGCUCUCCUUGUCGCUUCCCCGGGUCUCCCCUUCUCCCUCCUCGUGG